AUGGCCCCCACCACCAUCCUCGCCGCCCUCGCCACCCUCCUCCUCCUCGCCCUCUGCAAGGCCAUCUACAACGCCUUCAUCCACCCCCUCGCUGGCAUCCCCGGCCCCCGUCUCGCAGCCAUCUCUCGCCUCUGGCUCUUCCGCGCCGACCUCAGCGGCCACGCCCACAUCACCAUCCAGCGCUGGCACGACGCCUGCGGCCCACUCAUCCGCAUCGCACCCAACGAACUCUCCAUCCGCUCCCUCGACGCCUACACGCGCGCGCUGUACUGCCAGAACACGCGGUUCACCAAAGCGCCCUACUUCUACGCCGCCUUCGACAACCCGCACGGCAGCGUCUUUUCCGAGACGGGGAAGCACGCGCACGCGGCGGAGAAGCGGUUGAUGGCGCAUGCGUUCUCGCGGCAGAAUGUGCUGGGGUUGCAGCGGAGCGUGUUGUAUCCGAAUGUGCAGAGGUGGGUGGAGAGGGUGAGGGAGGAGUGUGUGGGGAGGGGCAGGCCCGUGCCGUUGUGGUUGGCGACGCAGUGUUUGACGUUGGAGACGGCGGCGUGUUUUAGUUAUGGGUCGGGCGCGGAGGCGUUCGAGGCGGAGGGGUUUGAGCAUGAGUUGUUGGCGGGCUUUGAUGUGCUGCCGAAGAUUGUGACGGUGUUUCAGCAUUGGCCGGCUGUGCGGAGGGUGGCGAUGUGGGUGCAGAGGCUGGCGGGGUCGGGGAUUGCGCGGGUUAAUGCGGGCGCUUCAGAGGGUUUCGAGAGGCUGGUUGCGCAGAAGCGCCAAGGAGAGACGAACGGGAUGAUCAUGUUUGACAGCAUGAUGGAGAGGGCUGCCAGGAACGGCGUACCAUUGGACCGCACCAGGAUGGUCAACAACGGAAGUUUGAUGCUGGUUGCUGGAACCGGAACAACGGCAGCAAGCCUCACAACUGCCAUUUACUACCUUGUGAAGCAACCGCAGCUCUGGUACGAACUGAAGAGGCAGCUGUUGGAGAAGGUCGGUGAUGCUUCCUCUCAGCCCGACGUAGUGGAGCUUGAGAAGGUGCCCCUCCUGGAGGCCGUGGUGAAGGAGGCCUUGCGCGUUGGCAAUCCGAUUCGAGGACGAAACCCGCGAGUCACGCCUCCCGGUGGCUGGGACUUCAAUGGUGUGCAUAUACCUGAAGGAACCAUUGUCUCCAGUGCGCAGCUGUUCUAUUGUGCCGAUCCAACCGUUUUUCCCGAACCCGAAAAGUUCAAGCCCGAGAGAUGGCUUGUCGAGGAUACGGCUGCCAUGAAUCGAAACCUCGUUGUCUUUUCCCUUGGCACGAGAUCCUGCAUUGGUCAGAAUUUGGCAUUGAUUGAAUUGAAAGUUGCAAUAAGCCAAAUGAUUCUCAACUUCAAUCCCGGAAAGGCAAUGGAUGAAGAGCUGGAAUUUGAGGAGUAUGUGGGCUUGAGCUCUCCAAAAACACUGGUGGAAGUGGUUUUGCACUGA